UUUUCCUUCUUAGCGUUUAGGGCAGAAAAACACUCAAUUUGCCUGUUUUUAAUCGAUAACGGGACCGACUUGACUAAGAAGAUACGUGUUUAAUACGAAAGUGGACAUUUGUGGAAGUAUUUCGUCGCUGUCUGCUUUUUUAGUGACAUCCGGGAGCAGAAAAGAGACCCCGACAGCUGGUUUGCGGAUUCUCCCUCUAUUUGCUCUUGAAGUUGUGGGAGCCAGCUGAGAUGAGCGGUCCAGAGGUGGCCAAGACACCGGGAGGCGGGGCUCCGGGGAAGGAGGGGAAGGAGCCAGUGGCCAAUGGGCACGCUGGAGAAGGCAACGACGCCAACCCAUUCGCUGAGUACAUGUGGAUGGAGAACGAGGAGGAGUAUAACAGACAGGUGGAAGAGGAGCUGUUGGAGCAGGAGUUCUUGGAACGCUGCUUCCAAGAGAUGCUAGAGGAGGAGGACCAGGACUGGUUCAUCCCAUCACGUGACCUCAACAACCAGGGGGUGGGGCAGCUGCAGCAGCAGCUCAACGGCCUGUCGGUCAGCGACCACCACAGCAACCUGGAGGAGGUGGCGAGGAAGAGCGUCUUGAAUCCCGAAGCAAAGGAAUUCAUCCCGGGGAAGAAAUACUAGGAGUCCCCCUCACCCCCGUGGAGCCUUCGUGCACGCACACACAAACACACACCAGUCUUCACAUCUUCUCAGAGACUCUGGCGGCCAUGACCGCACACACACUGAUAUGACACACAAAUAAAACACACACAGACACACUUGAAGUCAACGGCGUGCUGGCAGGCCCAGUCGGGGGGUGGGGGGAUUUCUUUUUCUUUCUCUCUUCUUUUUGUUUCUUUACUCUUUUUAUUUCCUGUUUGUUUCUUGUAAACUGAGGGACAUUGGGAACAGGGGUGGGGGAGGGGUGUAAUACCAGCAUCGUCCUGCAGAGGGCGCUAGCUCAUCAUUGCAUUUCAGAUGACUUUGUUGAUGUUGACAGAGCGCACAGAUCUCACCGCUGUCCCCUUAGACCUGAGGCAGCUACCAAGGAGAGAUGCCAGGGGGAAGAAAAUCCUCAAAGUCAUGCUUGAAAAUUUACAUCAGAUACUUAAUUUGUGGGCUAUCAAAGCUGAAAAGCAUUGCCACAGGGUUGAUGGAUUCCAUUACAGUGAGGUUAGAGAGUGACUAUAAUUACAGGGGGACUCGGUAGGUUUCUGUGGCUGCUCUGAAAACACAUCUCCGUCAGUCAAACCCAGGUUGCGGGUUCUUAUUUGUAUCUGCAGCAGCUUCGUUUCAAACCAAAUACAAGCCCACAGUAUCUCCACACUUGUUUUGAACAGACAGGUAUAAGUCAUGGAAGAUAUUAAUUUCCCCAUGUCCAGGUUUCUUUAUGUCCAGUUUAAAGAAAGGGUGUCAGAUUCCCAUGUUAUGCUUUAUUAUAUGAGCAGGAAAACCAUAUUCUCGGAGCGAAGGGCAGAGCUUUUUCACAGUUUUUGUCUUUUUGUUCACAGCUUCAUUUGUUUGAGGUUCACUUUGGAUUUAUGAAGCGUAGUGAGCAACUUUGUUACAGGGCAGUAUUCAGUCUGGAACUCAGCUGCUGUCUCCUUCUGCCGAGACAACUUGGUUUGUCCAGCAUCAGAUCAAGUGUCCAUAUCUGAAUCAGGUUUUCAAGUAGCCUCUCCUCCUCUAUUCUUUAUUUCUUCAUGUGUUUUUGAGGAUGAGGCGUUUUGUGUCUCUGCUGGGUAUAGUAGCCACUGGUGUCCAUUCAGCUGUUUGUAGUAGGAAAUGCGAGGAGACGGUACUUUCACAGUCAGAUUAAAGCUCUAAAUGACCCAUCUGGCUGACGCUAUUGGCUCCUCGCUCUUCUCCCCAUCUGAAAACGUAGGUUGACUUCUCACAUGGAGUUUUUUUUUUUUUUUUUACUUUUUAACCAUCGAUCUCCGUUGUAGUCUGAUUUUUCAAAAAAAAGCAUAUAUAAUUUCCGGUAAUUUGUGAGCACAUAUGAUAUAGCUAUAAAUGUGAUGGUGCUUUUCAUGAAAUCUCAUAAACAAUAACGAAGAAAUGAGUUGACUUUGAGGUUUUCUUCACAUAAAAUCAACAGGAGAAUUGUUACAAAGAGGGAAAAACCUUGAUGUUUUUAAUUUUCACUUUAUCAUGAAAAAUAGAUCAUGUUUCCUUUUGUGGUGGUAACACUAGCCAUAAUUUCUUAAAGCAUUUCACUGCUAAAAGUGUUAUGUGGACACUUGUACUUGCUUUCAUUUAGAAAUAAUCACCUGAUGAGAGUACUUUAUCCAUCCGUGCAGCUUUGACUCUAUCAGUAGUACUACAGUGUAAGUAAAGACUCGGACCUUCCUCACAGGGGAA